GCCACCCUGAAAAACCACAAGCCAGAGCUGAUCAUCGCCCACUAGCGCCCAUACAAAGCUAGCUGAAGGAUUCUGGUCUCCAAAAGGAAGAACAAGAAACAUGGCCGCAUCGGGCAUGGUUGGGACGAUCCUCCCUUUCAUCUUCUUCGCCAUCUUGCUUGGUGGAACAAGUGGUGAGCGAUGCAACACAUCGAGCAUCCAGGUGGAGACCUUCAACUCAGGCGUCGUGGUGAGCGGGGGCGACACGGUGUUUGAGGUGCAGCUGAAGAACUUGUGCCCGUGCGCCGUCAGGAACGUCCAGCUCGAUGCCCGGGGCUUCGCCACGACAGUGGACGUGGAUCCUGCUGCGUUCCGCGCUGACGACGGAGGAGUCUACCUGGUGAAUGGCGGCGAGCCCAUCGCAAGCAUGGCCACCGUCAGCUUCCAGUACGCCUGGGACCACUUCUUCCAGAUGACUCCCAGGAAGUUUGAGGUCGACGGCCAGUGCUAAUAGCUAUUAGCAUGUUUCCUGCUAAUAAGCUUUCAUCUUUGAUAUAUAUAUAUAUAUAUAUAUAUAUAUAUAUAUAUAUAUAGUGUUACUGUAAUGGAUAAUUAUCGUGUGUUGAGAGAGAGCGAGAGAGCGAGAGCGAGAGAGAGAGAGAGCUAGAGAGAGUGAGAGAUGCUAGUAAGUCCUGCUCAAUAUUCAAUAAAGCUUGAGGAAGCCGGUGAUCCUCCUCAAGAAAUGUAUGUCUGUACAUGUAAAAGAAAGUAUGCUACAUGAUGAACCAAACUUUGGCAAGUUUUGAACAUGCAGAAUUCAUACUCUUUUGUUAGAAAAUAAAAAA